UGGUCUUUCUUGUCUAGAAUCAUUAAAAUAAUGAUUCUCCUACUUCACUACAGGUGAUUUUAAUCACUUAAAGUAAAGUGUUAGCAUCCACUUUAUUUUAUGGUCAUGCGUCAACCUACAGAAAAAAAAAUUUUUUAAUGCCAAGAGAAUGAGAGCCUCUACAUAGUCGUUCAACAUGCUAGAAAUACAACCAAGUCUGUUUUGAACCACACCCUUAUUCUCUUACAAAAUGAAAGGAACAAUGCGGCCCUAGAUACACUAUGUCGGAAUAACAACAUAAAAAAGAAGAUAGGGUGAUAAAAGUUAGAACACCUUUGAUCAAAGUUGACCUGGGAGCUAAUUCAACAACAUUGAACACACGCCUACUUACCCUAUUACAGUCAUAUGUGACAUGAACUUAGGAGCGAGUUUCUGUGAUCACUCAGCCUGUUAGAAAUAGGAGCAAAAUCUUUCUCAAAUCGCACUAUACUGUCUUUAAAAGAAGGAAAGACAUAUAUGAUAAUGUAGUUUGUGAUUAACUGUGUUCGAAAAAACAGGAUGGGGAAAGUGAGAAAUGCCUUUGAACAUUAAUUCGUUCGCCAAGGACUGACUUCUGGCAAAACCACUACAAAGAAAUAAUUAAAACCAGUUUCUUUUGCCUGUAUAUCCUAUCUAGUCGUGACAUCACAGCUACACAACGCUACUCAGAGCUAACUUACGGUUAUAUUAAGUAACACCCCCAACAACUAUCACACGGAUAUCUGCAAUGUUAAAUCAUGACCAAUAUAUUCAUUAACCACUUGGUGAAAUACUGUAUGAAAAAAAUAAAUAAAUAAAACACCAAAUUUGCACAAGGAGACACGAAUACUUCUUACGAUAGAUGAACAGUUAAUGAUUUCUAAUAGAGGCACAAAGAAAAAUACAAUCACAACAAACAACCAGGAAGCAGAACAAGUGUGUGAAUUAAAAUUAAACAAAAGUGGCAUAAGUAGACACAUUUUAGGGGUAAUACAGUCAAUUUAAUCGACCCUACGUAAUUGACUGGUACUUAAUGUAUCGACCCGCAAAGAAUUAGAGACAAAGUCAACACCCGGAUAAAUAAAUAAUAAUAAGCAAACAAGGGGGUGUAGGGGUGUGUCUUACGUCACAGCCUCUUUGUGAGGUGAAACAUGGCAGCUACCAUGUUCAACAUCUUGGCAUGGUAACCAAGCUUUUAUUCUUCUCUAUUGGCUGGCAGCAGCACGGAUUUACGCUGCCUCUCUCACCCUUCGGAUACAUUACUGCAUAUUUCCCUAACAACCAGUUUUUGAAGGAGGAGGUGUAACCACUGCCUUUGCAAGUCUGUGACCAGUGAGAUUGAUGUCUUCAACCCUUUAGCAUUCAGAUUACUCUAUCAAAUGAUGCUAUCUAACUUGAAAUAUUCCAAAACAGGAUGAUGUCUGAGCUUGGAGAAAACCCAACAUCGAAAAGAAGGGAGCUGCCAAUGAAGAUGAAUAACAUGCAUCAGAAUCCUGUUGAAGAAGGGGUCAAAAUUGUUGACUGCACACAAACUUGCAACAAAUUCGGACUUCAUUAUCAUGCUGUUUACCUGUGGUGUGUCAAAGACAUUUGUGGCAUAAUAUGUGCCAUGUUCACUUGGUUUCUAAUUGGAUAUGCAGAAUUUGCAGUGAUGUUCGUUAUCCUGAUUCCAGGACCAUCACAGCUGUAUUCAUUUAUCAAUGGAAUUAUCUUUAACAGUUUUGUUCUUCUAGCUCUGGGAGCUCACAUCCGAACAAUGUUAUCUGACCCGGGUGCUGUACCACGAGGGAACGCCACCAGAGAGAAUUUAAUGAAAUUAGGUUUGAAAAAAGGAGAAGUGGUUUUCCAAUGUCCAAAAUGUCUAAGCAUUAAACCAGAUCGAGCUCAUCAUUGUAGUGUUUGUCAACGAUGUAUACGAAAGAUGGACCAUCAUUGUCCCUGGGUAAACAAUUGUGUCGGAGAGAGCAACCAAAAGUUCUUCGUGUUAUUUACUCUCUACAUAUGUUUGAUGUCCCUUCAUGCUGCAAUGUUGUCCAUCAAUCACUUUGUUGUUUGUAUUGGUAAAGACUGGAAAGGUAUUUCCAAUCUUCCACUGGUGCUACUAAACAUUGUACUGAGUCUUGAUACUAGUAUGCCUUCAGUCAAUUUUGUUUGUCCAGCAUUCUCUCCACCUGCAACAACUGUCUUCUUAAUAAUUCUCAUAUUUGAAGGAAUUUUAUUUGGCAUCUUCACAGCUAUAAUGUUUGGUUCACAGCUUUCUGCUAUAUGCACGGAUGAAACAGGUAUAGAACAGCUAAAAAAAGAACAAGCCACCUGGGAGCGGAAAUCUCGUUGGUUAAGCAUUAAGUCAGUAUUUGGUCAUCCAUUUGGUUUGCAUUGGUUCUCACCAUUUUCCAAGCCUCUUGGAUAUAAACUCCUACAUGAACAAUAUGCCGUCUAGAGCAAAACUGUUUAUCGUUGUUUUGUUUUGUUUAUUUGUUGAACUCCAGCUAGCCACCCUGUGUCAGUGUGACUAGCCAUGAACUUGUGAUGUCAUCUGUUCAAACAACAGCCAUUUUUUUUAUUGGAAACUGAAAACUGGAUCUCCUUUGUAUUUUUCCACCACCCAGGUGCUUUAUAAAAGACAACCUGAUGGUUCUGUUGAUUAGAACAUGUACUCAUGUGCGUGAAGUACAUAUUUCAGUGAAACUAUAAACAAAGUAACAUAAAAACUUCUCCAGAGACAACAUCAGUUGUCAAUCAGUUUUAAUUUCAGACUACUUCUCAAAACUACUUCUACAGGACCAUACAAAUUACGAAACAUCUACACCAACCAAACACAAACUUCAAACUUGAGAUCAUGCCUUACAAUUUACUUUUCUCAAUGUUGCUUAAUAUAUAUAUGUAUAUUUGUGUACUCACGCACACACAUACUUACGCAAAAUUGGUUACAUAUAUUCUACCACAUAUACUGUCAUUUUUCUACUUUUCCACAAAGUCUGCUUUUAUUCCUCUCAUCUCUAAGAAACAUUUAAUUUAUUGAAGAGCAUUUUGUCUGUGCUUGCUGUAAUUUUUUCCAACAUUUGACCCUAACUUUUUAUGUAAGUUAAAAGACAAAGUUGAUAUUGAAAUAUUCAUACACCUUAUGUCUGGACUCCAGAGAACUGUUAUUACUUGUUCUGUAAUUUAUCCUGUCAUAUUUCAAAUGGUUCUCAGUUCAACUAUUCUAGCAAGACAACAAAAAAUAUGCCACUUCAGUUGUAAUAAAACAGUCACAUCAAGUGAUGUUGUUGCCUGUUACCAAAUCAAAUUGUCAAUUUCAUUUAACAAUUAUUUUCACAUUUGUUUUUAAUUUACCUUUUUAUUGUUGACAUAGAAAGUUUUAAUUGCUCAACUAAUCAUUGGAUUUUAUUUUUUUUAAAACAAUUUUAGCUAAUGCUUUGUAGCUAUUCAUUUUUAUCUUCUACUUACUGUUUUCAGUUGGAUCCACUCUUAUAUAUUCAUCAUUCCACAGGAAGUAUGUACAUUUUCUAGGUACAACUUUCAAACGCAUUCAGUCAAGGCAAUUUUUUUUUUAAAUGCCUUUUUUUUUAACAAAUGCCUAUGGACAGUUAAUUUUUUAACCAAGUGAUAUUUUUUUAAUGGCUUGGUACUAAAAAUUUAUUUUGGAUGGUUUAAAUAGCAAUUUGGAAUUUGUGGAUUUUGAAAGUAAAUUAGAAAAACAUAGGUGUGCUUGAUUGAAUGAAUGACAGUAGAUGGGACUUGAAGAGCUUUGAAUGUGCUUGUUUUCCACCUGAACUAUUGAUUACUUGCUGGAAUAUUUUUUUAGUCACAGUUAAUAUUCUGCCCUGUCUGUGAAUAGUUUAUUUUAGAGUACGGCUGUGUAUUCUAAGCUGAUCAUCUCUGUAUCAUCAGUGUACAUGAUAUAGUGACUACUAAUCGAACAUAGUCUUUAUGACAAACUUAAUGGCCAACACACCCUUACUGUGACAUGUACUGACUUACUCAAUCUCCAGUAACGUAAUCUCUAUAGUGAUCACCGCCAAAUGAACAUCCUCAAUAUGAUAGCUUCUGAAUUAACAUACCCAACAAUGUGACCUCCAUAUCAACAUAGCCUCGUUGUUGAUAAGUUCUCUGUGUAUGGUUAAAGUCAUUGUUUAGCUGUUGAAUUUAAUUUUUGAAAAUUUUUGUUUGUUUGUUUUUUUUUGUUUUUUCACCAUUGGAAAUGUUAUUUUUACAGGCAGAUGUUUUAAAUAUUAUGUUAUUUGUGUUAUAAGCUAUUGGGAGCUAUGUUAACUCUGUUACCUAGGCACAUUCCGCUGAGGUGUCUUAAAUAUUAAGUUAUCUGCGUAAAACAAAUCAAGUUUGUAUGUAAAACUUUGAUUAGUAAAGAACAACAACAAAAAGUAUUUAAAAAAAAAACUAUAGAAUAAUUGGGCAGGAGAUGCUUAAUUCUUUCAAUGUUGAGGUCAGUUCAUGUAAAAAUUUUUAUCAAGCUUGUCUACAGGAUCAGUAGCGUGGGUGAGAGAAAUAUAAAAAAUCUUUUCAGGAAAUUAUCAGCUUUUACUUUCUGUUACUUAAGCAUGCAUGCUGCAACAGCUUUGCAAGGCUUUAGAGGAAUGUACCUACAACACCCCUGCCCUUCCUUUUUCAAUAUUGUCUCCCAGUUGUGCCAUGUGAUAUAAUUACAGUCAACAUCAACUUCUAGUAUAUUUUUUAAUGUAACAACUAUGUUGAAAAACAAACUUUUAUUUUUCAGUUAUUAAUUUUAUUACACUUGAAUAUUUUUCUGCCCUUGUUAUGUAAAUGUUUUUUUUUUUCCAACAUCAUCUUCAUCCACAUCAGCAGCAGCACAUGUCAACACAAACCUAUCUUAUUUAAUAAAGAAUAUUCCAUUAUUUCAAAA